UUGGCUAGCCGGCUGUUCUCGGAUACUGGAUAAUAAAAAGCUGUUCGUGCCACUUGGCGCAUUCGUAUCUGUCAGUCGCGGCGAUUAAACGAUGCCGAACAAUAUUUGAUCGCGCGCGAUCGAGCAAACACCGAUUAGUACCGUUAGAUCGUGAUCGUCGUCCAAACGUUCGCGUCGUCAAAAGUCGUCCAGAGGUUCGAGGAACGAAACACCAGGUACCUCCGGAAAACGCGAUUGUUCUUUGCUUCUUGUACCGUGACGGUUGUUCGACUUCUCUCUUCCUUCGGAUGCUUCUCUUUGUAUCAUACUUUUUAUUACCAAUUUUGACCCUUUGAUGAACUUAUGAGGAAAGUCAUAUUAAUUUAUAAGUAUUAAAAGUUUACGAGUCACAAGUUUGCAAUACACAAUCUUAUGGAUUUAUAAAUUCUGUGUUUUUGACAAGAAAUUUUAUAAGUUUUGUAACUUCCUGUAAUCUGUAACUUACUUACUGUAUUUUAUUUACUGAGAGUUUCUUCGUGUUGUCGAAUUUCUUUCAACUGAUGUUUGAACUAAAAUUGUUCCUUGAAGGCAAGGUUACACCUUGAUAACUUAGCUCUAUAGCUUCAAGCUUAUAUUUGUAUCUUUAUUAAAUUAUUACUAACCUAUCUCUAUCGUAGAUUCGUAAUCGAUUAGAACAAUAUUUCAAGUGUUGACCUUGAGAGACCUUGAUACGUCGCCUCAUCAUAAUGCACGAUGCAACAUUAGGUGAAGGACGUGUUCCGAGGCUGACCUCGGAUUCUCGAAAUAACUCCGCGAUCCCCGCCGUCGUAAUUGUAUUUUUACCAAUUUACCGAAAACUCGUCAGAAAAAAUGGGGGACGGGAAUUUUCAUUACUCGCAAGGCGAAAUGCAGUAUAUUGAAUUUUUAGCGUUCUACUUUCUCCCAGCUCGUUGCACAUCGUUCGUAAACAUUUCUCUGAAAUUAAGGAUGCUCGUUAAGUUUCUCAGCGACGCUGCACGGAGCGGUUCCUCCUCGCGCGACUUUCGAAGCGUGCCACCUAACCGCUUCUUGUUUUUUGCUCCUCGCGUUCACUUUGCCUGCAGCUGAGACGAUGGACGAGUGGUUCUGCGAUCGCGAGACCCUCAAGUACGACGAAGCCUGCGUCAAUCUGCGGACGAACCACGAAAAUUCAGACGUUUGGCUCUAUUUGCUCUCCACGGACUGCGCGCUGUGUCCAUUUGCCAGGGCCAAGCAAAUAAUAGCGAAUGCAAAUACCAGCAUAAUAGUUGACACCGUCAGGCCAACAACUUUUAGGGUAUUGGAGGCUGAAGACCCCGAUGAGUUUGUAUCAGCAAAAAAUACGAGUAACGUGAUCUGCGAGCUAACUCCGAACUUGGGACAAUUUGGUGUGUACGACUUCACGGUCCAAAAUCGAAGUUGCGAUAUAAAGGUUUUGAACGAGCCAACUUAUCCUUAUACAGAACUUUUUGUUAUUAUCGGAGUUUUGGUGCUCGUUCUAUUUGGACUGUCUGGUUUGAAGUUAUUAUGGCACGCUUGCAAGAAGAAGUGCAUGAAACGUCAGGUGGACGACACAGCGAGGCAACCUGUAAAACGUCGAGUGAAAGCAAUCGAUACGGUUCGAGGGGCCAGUACACUGUUAAUGAUAUUCGUCAAUGACGGAUCAGGUGGUUACAAAACCUUGGGGCAUGCCACUUGGAACGGUUUACUCCCAGGAGACUUAUUAUUCCCUUGUUUCAUUUGGAUCAUGGGGGUGUGCAUCCCCAUUGCCUUGGGUAGUCAGUUGAAGCGAAUGGUACCCAAACACGUGAUAUUAUACGGUAUACUUAAGAGAAGCGUGCUCCUAUUUCUAAUCGGAGUAUCCCUAAACACGGUGGGCACCGGUCCCCAGCUCGAAAGCAUCCGAAUAUUCGGAGUCCUCCAACGUUUCGGUGUAACUUACUUCAUAGUCGCCGUGAUAUAUCUCUUCUUGAUAUCCAAAAGGCCAACGAAGGUACAGUCCCCGAUGCUACGAGAUGUGCAAGAUUUCCUUCUACUGCUACCUCAAUGGACCGUGAUGUUAGCGAUCGUGGCUGCUCACUGCAUCAUCACAUUCUGUUUACCUGUUCCUGGAUGUCCCACUGGAUAUCUGGGUCCUGGAGGCUUGCACGAUGAUGCUAAAUAUUUUGACUGCGUUGGAGGAGCGGCUGGAUAUAUCGAUAAAGUGGUGCUCAAGGAACAACAUCUGCAUCAUUCGAUGACGGUUUAUAAGUCGGCGCCGUUCGAUCCUGAAGGGAUUUUGGGUUGCCUGACAUCGACGUUCCACGUGUUCCUCGGCCUGCACGCCGGCAUAAUAAUGAUGACAUACAAAGACUGGAAAGAGCGCGUGAUAAGAUGGCUGGCGUGGGCCGCGUUCUUCAGCUGCAUCGGCUGUGCCCUCCACUUCACCAACGUGAUUCCCGUCAACAAAAAAUUAUGGUCACUGUCGUUCGUGUUCGUAACAACGUCCUUCUCCCUCGCGUUUCUCUCCGCCUGUUAUUUGCUCGUGGACGUCGUUAAGGUGUGGAACGGCGGUCCUUUCCGAAUCCCUGGUAUGAACGCAUUGUUGCUGUAUGUUGGUCACUCGGUGUGCUAUAGAAAUUUCCCUUUCCAUUGGAGUAUUGGGGAUAUGGACAGCCGGGGUCUUCGAUUGUGCGAAGCGAUUUGGGGUGCAGCUUUGUGGGCGAUUAUCGCUUAUAUUAUGCACAAGAAACGCACCUAUAUCAGCCUUUGAAAGUUUAUAGAUGGGUGGUUUAUUUUGAGAGAGGUGGAAGUCCAUUUUCAUUUAUUCUGAGAUAAAAAAAAUUAGCAUAUGUGUCAAGGAAAAAGUGUAGGUUCAAGACUAUUACAAUUCAGCAAUUUUUUACUGAUUGCUCAAUAUGCAAUUUGAUUAUACAAAUUUGUUUUAAGUGAUAUAAUAAUGGUUUUAGGUAAUGAAAUGUCUGUUCAUGCAAAUGGACCACCACUUUCAAAAUAAAUGGUCCUAAUGAAUUGUAUAAAUGAAAAAUUAAAUUUCUUACUCCUUUUUUAUA